CUCUAGAGUUGAUGUGUUGGCCCACUAACCAAACAUCACUUCAGAUCCAGUGCUCGCUCUCCACACUAAUGUAUUUAGUGUUUCUUCACUCACUUUCUCUCGUUAUUUCUCGUGUGAUAUUAAAAGCCACUGCGAUAUCAAUAAUUGUGUCGGUCUUAAGUGAACCAUAAGUGGGACAAACAUUUCUCAGCUACUUAUCUGACAUUCACGUUGUGUUUGCCCAGACAUGUUACAUGCCCAUUGAAGCACUGCCAAACCAUUGAUACACCAAAAAUAUAACACAUUAGCGUACAAAUAAAGUGCAUUUACAGCUCACAUCCAAAGCACUUAUAGGUUUGGUUCGCCUCUAAAGACCUGAAUUGCAUUGUUUUCGAUAUAAAGAUUGGAUGAAAAAUAGGAGACUUAAUGGAAGUGAGAAUAUUGUCAACGGACGAAGACCAUCAAGUAUUCGGUGACGACUACUGUUCCGGUUAUGUCGACCAAUACAACAAAUGGAAUACAGGCUUCUCCUGUCCCACGAAGUCUAAUGAAGAGGCCGUCUAUUGCUGCGGAACUCCUACUUAUAAGUACUGCUGUACUCGUCGCAGUCAAUCCGUUACCACACAUACCAAUCAUCCGACGCGGACUCAACUCGACCCUCGGAUACUGCUGAAGAUCGUAGGCCUGACGUGCAUCGUAUCGGUGUUCCUAACGAUCCUCACGUGUUAUGUCUGCAAACGGUAUUGGAAACGGAGUGACACCCGAGACAAUCACGUGUACCGCGUCUCGUGCAACACAUCCGCCUCUCCGCACGUCUUUCCACUCGAGUCUUUCCAACCGCUGAAUCCAAAUGCCUUUUUCAAGUCACCCGAACACGUGGCCAGUGCUCUGUGCGGUGACCUAUCGGUGCUGUCGGGUUCGCACCUACAGCCCACUCACCUGCGAGCGGUCAUCGCCUCGUCGAGGGGAACGGCCGCCUCGGCAGCCAUACCGGCCCUCUGUUCAUAUCAACACAACCAGUCUGUGCUGCGACAGCAACAGCGUAACCACGAGCCGCCACCUCCUUAUCAAUUGAGUGUCAUAUCUGGUAACUCGACCACAACUGGCAACGCUGUCAGCAGCACCAGUAGCAGCACCAGUAGCACAGCGUGCGGUGUCAGCGGUGUUGUCAGUGGCGGAAGCAGUCAUACAAAUGUCAAUCCAAAUCCAAACACAAAUAGUAUUAACAGUAAUAAUGAGACGACAAGAGAAGUGAAUAGCGUUUUGUCAGAUUCCGAGUGUAACGCCAUUCACGAGGCGUCUAAUACUGAGGUAAAGAUACCAUUAUCUUCACAUAAUAGUCAUCCACCGCAACAAAGUAGCUCUUCUGUCGAUAUUCAUCCACACCAUCAACAAAGACAUCACACUCUCAGGCGAAUGUCUCAAUGAUAACCACUUCCCCCUUACAUAUUAGUUAUGAUUAUUAUAUUAUAUACAUCUCUAUAUUAAUACAGUGUAUGAAUUGAGUUAUAUGUCAUUACCACACCACCACCAAAACCGCACGUAUUUUAUCUAUAUUUUAAUGAUUAGUUUCCACUUUAUGUUUCAGUUUUACUAAUUGUUAGAAAUAUUAUAUAAUUAUAGUGAUUAUUAUGAUUGCUAUUAUUAUUGAUGAAAGACAUGCAGAGUUGAGCUAAAGAGUCCAU